AAUUGAAUUUUGGUCGAAUAAUUGUCAGGACGUGCCCGUGUCGUACGCAGUGACAAAAGUGCCAGAAGCAAUUGGAAAGAGACGAGGAAUCGGUCGAAUAGGUAGAAUUGUUGGAUCACAAAGAAGCUGAGUGUUGAAAGUUAAAAAAAAAAAACAAUAGCAGCAUGGGCGUUUCAAAGAGGCUACCUAAGUACGAGUCGGAUGCUUUCGACAAUGUUGAAUAUCAGAUCCAGAUGACGUACACCGUAGAGACCGAUCGCCGCAUUAUGAGUUUCGUCGAUUCUCGUUGGGGCAUCGAAGUGACAGGUGGUGUUGAUCAAUUCGAACCGUUAACCAUAAUUAAUGUAACACCAACUGGUAUGGCACGUAGUGCUGGCAUGCGUAUCGGCGAUGAGAUCACACAAAUAAAUGACACGUUAGCGUUGGAGCUGACUUUCAAUGAAGCAUUGGAGUUGUUUCGAAAAAAUAGGCGUUACGUGCGGGUUUAUGUUAGAGGCGAUAUUGAUGACGAUGGCGAAGAAGACUGGACGUGCCACUUUUGGUUUAAGCCACGCAAACCUUGGCGCCGCGACUUCACUCCUAUCCAAUGGGAGUUCCCAUGGAACGAUCGUCGCAAGCCGAUCUAUCGCGAAUCGAAUUGCUUCAUGGUGCCCAGCAAGAUGGAGGAAAAGAUACGCCAGCGACGUGCCGCAACUUCCGCGGUGCACAAGAAGGAAGAACUCGCGCCACAUACCCGCUCAUUGACACCAUCACCACGGCCCAAAAACCAACCUGGCGAAAAUUUGAUGGAAACUAUGUUCAAAAAGUAAUCUAAACGAUGUUGAAGCGGAGAAACGCGAUAGCAAUGAAUGCUGAAAACAUUGUGUUGAAUUUGGCAAACAAAGACGAAAUAUACAAAGGCAAAAAUUUGUUGGAAAAUUCGCAACGCAAAUAAACGCCGACAGUUUUUCAUUCCAGUUCCAGAAAAAACAAAAAGAAGCAUGUGUCUGUAUAUACUGCCACAUACUUGAUUAAAGCUCACAAAAGAGAUAAAAGGGUGAUAGAAGUUAGUCUUAAGUUCAGAAGAUAAAAGUUGGGGAAAGAACUAAAAACUCAAUUUUAGUUUGAAGUGAGGUAAAA